GGAGGUGGUGCCAAACCUGCUGGAGACGCAAGCGGGCAGGUUGUGGUGCUGUCCUGGGUGCCCUACUUAUGUGAACACUCUAUGAUGGACUUCUUGUGUCGCUGGUGGGAGGAGAAGGGCGGCGCCAUCAUGUAUGAGGACUGCAUGGCGUCCAACCAGAAGGCACUCAACUUGGAGCAGCACCCGAAGACCGCCUUCCGUAAAGCCGUCUGUAUUGUUUCACCCUGAUUCCUUUCUUCAGGGGUCCCCAGCCUCCAGGCUAUGGACAGGCACCUAUUCCUGGCAAGGUCUCUCUAAGUUGGUGCCUAAGAAGAUGAUAAUCACACAAAUGAGUCAGUUCUACAUGGCUGGCCUUGGGCUUCUCUUCCUGAUUAAUAUUCUCCCUGGAACAACUGGCCAAGUGGAAUCAAGACGACAAGAACCUGGGGACUUUGUGAAGCAGGAUAUUGGCGGACUCUCUCCAAAGCAUGCUCCAGAUAUUCCUGAUGACAGCACUGACAACAUCACUAUCUUCACCAGAAUCUUGGAUCGUCUUCUGGAUGGCUAUGACAAUCGGCUGCGACCUGGGCUUGGAGAUGCUGUGACUGAAGUUAAGACUGACAUCUAUGUGACCAGUUUUGGCCCUGUGUCAGACACUGACAUGGAGUACACCAUUGAUGUAUUUUUUCGGCAAACAUGGCAUGAUGAAAGACUGAAAUUUGAUGGACCCAUGAAGAUCCUUCCACUGAAUAAUCUCCUGGCUAGUAAGAUCUGGACCCCUGACACCUUCUUCCACAAUGGCAAGAAAUCAGUGGCCCAUAACAUGACCACACCUAACAAGCUGCUCAGACUGGUGGACAAUGGAACCCUCCUCUACACGAUGAGGUUAACAAUUCAUGCCGAGUGUCCCAUGCAUUUGGAAGAUUUUCCUAUGGAUGUGCAUGCCUGCCCACUGAAGUUUGGAAGCUAUGCCUAUACAACAGCUGAAGUCGUUUAUUCUUGGACACUUGGGAAGAACAAAUCUGUGGAAGUGGCACAAGAUGGCUCUCGACUGAAUCAAUAUGACCUGCUGGGCCAUGUUGUUGGGACAGAAAUAAUCCGGUCUAGUACAGUGGACUUGUUCGCUCUCUCGGUUGGUUUGGAGAUAUGGGCUCGGUGCAUAACAUUUGGGGGCUCGUCCGGGAUCUCUGGCCUACCAGGGAGGACAACUCUCCUGGUAGAAGGGAAUAAUCUCGUUCCACAAGUUUCAUCGGGAGAAGCCCGGAGGAGGGCCGAGCCCUCGGCUCCUCCUAAGGAAGGGGGCCCUGCCCAGGGAACUCAGGGAAGAGCAAGGGAAAUGGCCAGCACAGCGGAAGAAGAAGGCCCGGAAAUUCCCUCCUCCACUGUUCUCGCAUUCCUGAAGAGCACGGACGGAUUCUGUCAGAAGCCCGGAAAAAGUGUGCCAGGGGUGAAUGGGAGGCCCACAAUACAGCCCCACCUCAUUGAAGAGGGGUUCCCCUUGGUGCGACCCAACUGGGACUUCGAACGUGCUGAAGAAAUCCGUCGACUUCUGAAGGCUGUGCAGUUGCCUCAUGCUCUGUCAAUAGUACAUGUACCUGGACAUCAAAAAGGGGACAGCCCCACAGCACGAGGAAAUCGUGCUGCAGAUCUGGUGGCUCGAAAAGCAGCUAAUGAAGAUUUCAUCACUCCGGUGUUGGUGAUCGGACUUCCACCCCCAGGUAUGGGAACUUUGCCCCAACCCCUGAGUAUUCAUCCACAGACCUUGCCUGGAUCCAGGAACAUCCCUACCUCCAACAAGGAGAGCAUGGAUGGUACUGAGACUCCGAUGGUUACUUGA